AAUUUCAAAAAACGAGCUUUUCGAACUAAAGUUGCCGCGCUGAGCUUUUUCGAAAUUGAAAUGAACAGUGAACCAAAACAAAGUGAAAAUAGUGAAAAAUGUCAGGAAAAAGACGAUGAAUUAGACAUUACAAGCGAACAUUUCAAUCCUUUAAAGGCUUUAUACUCAAACGAGAUGAAGUUACCUGUCAAAAAUGUUAAAAGACUUGAUAAUCUAGCAGUUUUCCUCUCGCGACUCAAAAAUGCCGAAAAUAAAAUUGAUUCAGAGCUCACAAAGCAGCCAACAACAAGUAAGAAGGCAGUACCAAAGACUGAGACAGAUGAGGAUGAGAAAUAUCACAUAACAAAAGCUGGACGAAAGUUUUUAAAGGAACAAGCUCCUGUUCAUCGCGGUAAAAAGGCAAAGUUUAAAAGAGAUUUAAUUGUCAGGAUGGAGAAUUCAAAAGGUCCAUUAGCACUGCUACAUAAAUUUGUGUCAAACAAGAGAAAAGUCAAAGUUUAUGUCCGAAAGGAGCAUGGAAUAAGAGGCUACAUAAUAGGACAGCUAGCAUUCUUCGAUAAACACUACAAUUUAGCACUAAUCGACUGCACAGAAACAUGGAAACGACGUAAAUUCAAGUUCAGUGACUCAAACAUUUCAUUUCCAAAUCCACCACAAGACUGUUCCAAGUUCCUCGCCUUGAUGGGCAUUGAAGUUCCUCAAAUCAAAGUUAAAUCGUUAAAUAGGAAGUAUGUUGAAUGUACGAGGAAGUUGAAUCAAAUCAUGAUACGUGGAGAGGAUGUAAUACUAAUUAGUGAAUUUACCGAAGAUCAAAAAGUCAGUUGAGACUUGAAAUAUUUUUAAAUCCACGGAUUUAUUUUUAAUCCGAGCUUUAUAAGCUUCGCGAGCUUUUUUGUCAGAGUUUCUGAAUAAGUCAAGUUCAUUAACUGCUCAAGAUCUGAUUUAUUUAUAAAAUUGUAUUAAAAUAAAUAAAAAUAAGAAAUACAGACAGUUAGAAUGUUAAUUAAUUAAUUUAAGGCUUCCAGAAUUACCAUAUAAAGUCAAGUGAGGC